UGACCCUAUUUGUUCUUGGUUGGUUGUUGUUUGACUUGGUCAAAAAGAAUGAAGAUUGCUUUAGAUGCUGCAAAAGGGCUUGCUUUUCUCCAUGAUGCAGAAAGACCUAUCAUGUACCGUGACUUCAAGACAUCAAACAUCUUGCUGGAUGCGGUCUUCAAUGCAAAGCUCUCAGAUUUUGGCCUUGCGAAGGAAGGACCAAUGGGAGACAAGACCCAUGUGUCAACACGAGUGAUGGGCACAUAUGGAUAUGCUGCUUCUGAAUAUGUGAUUACUGGUUUGUUAUUAAUUAUUCUGUUACAAUGGAACUGA